CCUGGAUCCCUGGAAGUGUUCAAGGCAGGGUUGGACUGGGCUUGGAGCAACCUGAGAUAGUGGAAAGUGUCCCUGCUCAUGGUAGGGAGAAGAGGAUAUUGUUCCUGAAGAUGUGAGGAACAAUAAGGCUUUGAAGAUUAUCCAGUUAAGUGGUAUAUCAUUGGACAAAGAGGUGGCUCCAACUUGGAAUAAAUCACUUUUUCCAAAUCAGGGAGGAACAUCUUCAGCAAUGGAGCAACUGGAAUUAUAAAAUUAUCAGCGUGAUGUUCAUACAGUUAAGGGUGAUGGGGCAACUGAAAGAAGAAAAUGCUGUAGUUCUCCACUUGCCAACACCCACUCAUCUGGACUUGUUAAUGGUGCAGAUUUGCAGUCCUUGCCCAACUUGUGGAUGCUUUUGCAUCCAUUACCCCAAAUUCCUGAAGAGGGGAAUGGUGCUCUUUAUGGAGUUUUCCCCAUCUUUAGAAAAGCAGGGGAAGUCAAGCUGAUUGUAGAUCCCACAGGACAGAUGAUGAAUGCAGCUGAGUUGCUCAUAAAUGGGAAAAUUUGCUGCUUUCCAAGGGUCUUUUAGAAGGAAUAUAAAGAGAUUUCCUAACAGGUCAGGUGUAGAGGACAAAUGCAGUAAUGCAACACUGCUCAUGGGUGGGAAAGGAAGAGGAUUACACUGGAAGAGAUUUCUCUGGGAUUUGCAUCUCCUGCAGGGACUGGUAUUAAACGUUCAGAAAAUGGGGAGGAAUUUCCACCAAGAAUAGUUUUGAAACAGCAGCAAGAAAUUAUACACCCAUGACAGCUUAUAUGAAAUGCUGGUUAUGAUUGUGCCCCUUAGGCAAAAUUUCCAAAGGUCUGAUUAAUCCAUAGUAAUCUCCCUUGGCUUUGCUCCCAAGAACCUGCCUGGCUUUUUGAUUUUUGCAGCUCAUCAUUUAGUUCUUAUCAGUCUGGUGUUUUUUUUUUUUUUUUUUUUUUUUUUUGUAAGAGAAUAAAAUUGUCAGUGUUCCCUGAGCCAAAUGAAAGAAGAAGCAGUGACUUGAUCAGAAAAUGAGAAAUUUUAGAGCAGAGAAUACGUCAGUCUGUCAGUAAUACAUAUGCAGCAGCUGAAUUGUUGAUCAAUACCAGUUCAAGAUACAGUGUAAGUGCAAAUCUUAGUACCAAGGCUAAUUAGCCCAAUUAGCUGAAGCAGUGCUAGAUUGUCCUCUAAGGGUAAUAUAAAAAUUCAAUAAUAUCUCAAUUUUAUAGAUGAUAAUUCCUUGUAUAAUGUUUGCUUUGAUUCAGGAAGAGAUCAGGGCAGGCCUGUGGGCAGUAUUAUCCUAAUUAGGCCACCUCCUGCAUAACAGACCUUUUCAGAUGAGCACUAACCCAUCAUUUAGCUGCAGACCAAGACAGAAUGAUAACUUCUGGCAAGAAGGGGUGCCAAUGUUCCAACAAGUGAGCCUGAAUUCCUUUCCAAGAUCAUCUCCCAGCCGGUUAGGAAAAAGAAACAAGGUGAGGUAAGAAAUGCUGGGUGUUGCCCAAGUAAAAUAAAAGGUGAGUGGAGAUCUGCAAUGAGCUCAGGUUUUGACAUUUUCUUUGUUUUGUUUUCUCUUCUCCCCUCAUCCGAGAGGAAGAUCAGAAACAUGUGAGACUAGAAAGCCACAGGUAUUUCUAUCUUCAGGAAAUAUUCCAAAGUUGCCAAAAUAAAGGAAUAAGUAUAAAAUUAUGGGACUUAGGUCCCUAGCAAUGAGGGGAGAAACAAACUCAUGAGAGCAUUUUUGAAGGAUGACGGACAACCUGUGGGGCAGAUUGGGAAUAGAAAGAAUGGUGAAAAGGUCAUGGAACUACAAGUAGGAGUUGCUACUUGUAGCAACUUCAACAAUUUAGUAAUUGCUAAAGUGUCAAAGGAAAAUUGAAUUUUGCAAAAUUAGUAGCAAAAUACGCAAACUAUGAGUGGUCCCCUUGACAGGCAGGGUAGGAUGUAGAGGUUUAAGGAUGAGAGACAUCUCUGAGGCAAAAUAUUUACAUUGCCCGAAGAAUAUACCCCAAAAUAUGUGGCUGAGGAAGGGCAGAGGCAGAUGGUGAAGGCCAGGGAAGGAAUUAUGGCCAAAUAUUGGCUGUGCCACGUUUAUUGCAGAGGUUGGAAGGUGGCCCGAGGCCCACAGGAAGGCCAGACAGAGGAAGGUGCUCUAAGUGAAGGCCAUGGAACCAGCGUGGGUGUUUUAAUCCUGGUUUAGGCCACUUUGUUCCUAAUUAUGGUUGCACAAACCACAUAUUAAAACAAACUUUCAAGCAUGGGCAACUUUUGUGGAGUUUCUCUUCUGUGGAUGCCAAAUUUCAGGCAGCCAGAUCAUUCAGAAGUUUGUAAGCAGCGGGUGCCCUGCACUGGGCACAGAAAACACAACAAAAAUGCUGCCUGGUCUGGAAAAAAAAACCAACCCCAAAUAUGCAACAGUGAGAAAACAAAAUGGGUUUGUUACAGGCAUUUAACAAUUUUGACUUGGAUCAUGUUGUGUCUUAUUCAUUGUAACAAUACGGAGCACUUGGGAGAAGAGAACUGCAGAAUUUAUAACUUUAGAGCAGCUUAAUUUAGAUCUUUAAGCCACAGAAGAGACCCUGGGAUUCUGACUUUCAUGAAGCUGAAGGAUGCAAAGGGUUUAUUUCAUAGGAAUUGAAAAAAAAUGUAUAUAAUAUGUGUUUUAAUGUCAUUUAUUAUUCUCUUGGGAGAUUUAGAUGAGAAGGUUCACAGGGCUUAUUACAGAGCCUAAUUUUAGCUCUCAUUCUAAUUAACAUCUUGGGGUUUUAUUGUUUACUCAUAAAGUGCAAUCAAAAGCUGGGAGAGAAAGCGUGGCUUUCACAAGUGGUUUUUUUCCUCUUUUGCAAAGGGUGUGAAGAUGAUUUUCACAGAGAAAAAAAAAACUUGUGUUCAUUUAUUAUUGAUAUCUGGCCUAAGGAAUGAAACAAAAUUAAUAAAAAUUUUAAAUAUCCGAGCAAAUGAAACCCCUCAAAGCAGGGUCUCCAUUACAAACUUGACUCUUGUCUAUAAAAAAACCCCCUUGGUUUUGCUUUAGGUUUCUCUUUCCAUUUCAUGGGACAUGGUAUUCCUGGUAAGUAGCUCCGUCUGUGAUCCAGGGUGGUAUUUCAUCAACCCAGAAUAUACAAAAAAAGGGAAAACCUGGUCCUGUUCUCCUUCUGACUGACAUGGUGUCUUAUAAUGUUUUUUAUCAAAAGCAGUAAAUUACUAGAUUAUUUUUUUCCUUUCCAAAACAAAAUUUUGCCAACUGCAAAAAUUUUUUAUCACUUGAAAAGAUUGCAAAGAUCUUUCUGAAUGCAGCCUUUUCCUGAAUUAUGGAUUCCCCAUUAAAUUUUGUGCUGGAGAUAAAAUAAUUUUCAUUAUUUCUGUUUCCUGGCUGUGUUUGGGAAGAGGCACAUCAUAGCCACAGAAUAGGGAGUCUUGAAGGAGAGUCCAUGAAAUCCAGGAAGAAAACCAGCCUCUGUGCACAGGACUGUGUGUGCUAACUGUGGAUGGAUGCAGGUAAUUUCCUUGGAGUCACUGUAAGGCAGAGCAGUCCUGAACCCUCCACAAAGGGUUCAGUAUCCUGUGAGCUCCAUUCCAGAGUCCCUUGAGGACAAACUCUUCGAAGCAAAGUUAUGUUAUAUAAAUUAGGUGGUACCUGCCUCCUGAUGCAGAGACAUUUGAGAUAAUCUCUGCUUUGAUCAAAGAUGCUGUUCCAUGGCUCCAGAGCAGCUAGGACAGGGCAGUGAGACUCAGCUCUGCUUCCAGAGGGAAGUGCAGGUGUACUUGGAUGCUCAUCCAAGGUCACACUUUUCCAGCUUUCUCCACUGUUGAUACCUAAUUCUGGAGACCUGUUCAACCCGCAACUGUCUGUGUUCUGUCUAACAACUCUGGCGAGGCUCUACACGGCAAAAAGUAGAGAUUCUCCACCCAGUUUUGCCCAGGAGCCCCACUUGGGAGGUGUUCCCACUUGCCAGGCUCCAUGGAAACCCUGUAAAAAAGUAAGACAAUAUUACUCAGAACCUAAAGAUCCUCUCUGGAAAAGAAGAUUUUCUUAGAAACAAGAUCACAGGAUCAUUAAUGCUGGAAAAACCUCUAAGAUCAUCAACCACUUCCAAAUGUUCUGGGGUAUCUCAGUGCCAGAUUUAUUUCUGGACCACUUAUCUCCAGGGGAUUAAGUGUAAGCUGCAAACAUUUAUGUGACCGACGAUAAAAGGGCUGAGGCAGCACCUGCCUGCUGAGCAGUCAAGCAGUGUUCUUCUGGAAAUCUGGGAAACUGUGUCAAGAGCCUGUGCAAGGAGGCUCUGAGUCAUGGGAGCAGGGCUGUGGAGCAGCCCUGUGCACGUGGACCAGCUCCCGGGAACGUAGGACAUGCUUCUUGGCAGGUGUGUGGGCAGUGGUUGCAGAACACCGAGUGUGGUGUAAAUUCACUGUAACAGGUUUCUCAAUAGUUUCUCUGGGUGAGCAGGACCGUGCCUUUCACUGUCUGGGCUUUUGGAAUCAGUUUCGUAACUGGAUAAUAUAGACAGAGGCAGCUUCUGCUUUCACAUUGGGAAGGGCAUUUAAUUGAACAGAAUAUCAGUGGGCGUUGCAGGCCCGUCUGGAUAGGAUCUGACACUAAAUAAAUUCGGACAAUAAAUAUUUAUACACACUGCUAAUACAGAGGACAAUUAUCUUAGAGUUCCCAAACUUAAUUCCACCAGUUUGGUGGAUGCUGGCACCCACAGUGUUAACAGUGAAAGUCACAGCUACUGACUGUGGGUAUAGACAAAGACAUCCCAUAUUUGUUCACUCCAGUACAUUCCUGGCUCUUUAUCCUGCAUCUCCUUGUAAACUGAAACCAAACCCCACAUUUUUAUCUCCUCCUUUUCAAGUAGCUGCUACAUGUACAAGUCUGAAUAUAGAGCCACGGGAAGAGUUUUUUGUACUUUCAGCUAGCUAUGGAGUAACUUGAUAUUUUCACAUAUGCACAAACCCCCACAUCUGCAGGACAUUGCGCAAACUGUUGCAUAUUUUAUUGCCACCACCUCAAGUACUGAACAUUGAUUUAGGUAAGUCUCUGCACAUAUACAUAGAUCAUGAGCACAUCAUUAGCGUGGACACUCUCAGCUUUUAUUUAGAGCAAGAUAAAGAGUUACAAAAUACAAUGUGACAACAGGGUAGGAAUUAUUCCUCCCAUUCUUUUAUCACUAUCUUCUGAUGAAUAGCAGCAGUCACAUUUCUCUUUCACUUUGGGUGGUUCACCAAUUGCCACAUGUCAGGCACUUUUAAAUGGCAGUUUGGGGCUUGACUGAAUAAUUUGCAAGAUGCUACAUGAUUUGUAGAAUUAGAAUUGCAUCAUUUGGAGUUCCAUGUCAGCCAGAAAACUGCCCACUCUGUGCUUGAAAGACAGGGAAAACGCCUCACUCUGCUGAGGUGCCUUGGUCAAGAAAGUAGUUUCGCUUUUUUAUCUACCUUUAUCUUUCUGUCCUGCCUGAAGUCUGCAGAAGUUAAUCUGAGUGUUUUCAGUCCUUCUCAGAACUGGGAGUUCACACUGGGAACUCCACAGUUUUCUUGGAAUCCCAGAGUGUGAAUUGUCUGGGUAGUUCAUUGUCACAAGUUGAGACCUGCAGCUGCCCAGCUUCAGGCAGGGACUGGGCAUCGCUGCAGGCCACAUCUGGAGUUACAGACCUAAGAAAUUCAGAAACAUAAAUAGAACAUUUGGGGCAAGGGGGGAAAUUCAGGAUUUAACUCCGUAUUGCAUUACAAAAGGGUAUGAUGGAAAUACCCUAUCUGUACCACCCCAGACUGUACCAUGUCUGCCUGCUGCUUGUACCUUCCUCAAAAACACCCAAGGGUUGGAAUUUUGCAUUUAAAAAACCCCAACCAGGAUUAAGACACUGCUAGAUCUCAAGUAGGGCAAUACUUGAUUUACAUUGCUUAAAUUUUUCUGCAAAAUUGAUGUGAAUUCAUAGGAAACUUGGCAUUGCCUUGUCACUUCAUUUUAUUACAGCUGAGAAUUCUUUACCUCUUUAUUGCGCAGGAGACCUUCACUAUAUCAGAGAUGCAUAGACUUGGUUUCUGCAGGAGUAGUGUUUAAGUAAAGUUAAUUAUGUCAACAUUGCCUUUAAGCAUAGGUUUCUGAAUUUAUAGCCAAAGUUGGUGUUAACAGUUACUGCUAUUAUUGUUGUUAUUAUUACUGUUGUUGUUGUUAUUUUUAUCACUAUUAUUAAUACUGCUAUUACUACAAAAUAUUUUAAUGUUAUAGACUCAUUAAUGAAUUACUUGAACAAUUAGGUGAUUCCAUGGCCUCAGGAGCAUACAGGAAAUUCUGAAACCAGCUGUAUGAGAAGUAUUAUCAAUACAGAAGCCAAAUUAACUGGAAGUAAAGAAUGCUUUCUUAAUGUGUUCUUUCUUUACUCUGAUCUGUUGGUAUUUUAAUCAAUUAUUUAAUUGAGAAAGGCACAUUAAUUCAGAAUGCCAGAGUCAAGAAAAUUUCAAAGACCAAGAACAACCUGAAGGGUUUGUGUGGUGAUGAGGCCAUUUAGAGCUAACAGGUGGUCUUCCCAAAUUUCUGUCUUUAUUCCUGUUUGUGUUCAGUGAAGCAGUCAGACCUUGCAAAGGCAGCUCAGAAAGGACAAAAAGGAGCAGGGCUUUUCCUCACGGGUGUGUCCAAGCGUCUGGAAGAGGAGGGAACUCGGGAUGGGUGUGUUUGGGCGAGGAGAGCCAACCAGCCCUUGGAAGCGACCAGCCCUUGGAAGCGCAGGGAGUGGCUUGGAAUGGGGCUGUAUAACGGGCAGGCCAGGAUGGGCCACCUCAGCCUGGACACGGAGCUGGCACUGGAGAGUCCCAGCACGGAUGGCUCCACAGACUGGCCCCAGCGAGAAGGGGACGGGACCUGUUCCAGCCUUUCCACAACUUUUCACUUGGGAAGAGAUCAGGAUCCACAAUGGCCGCGGGCAAGGCCGGGAGCAGUGGCUGGUGGUUGACAGGAAGGUUUAUGAUGUCAGCCAGUUUUCCAAGAGCCAUCCCGGAGGCAGCCGGGUUAUCAGCCACUAUGCUGGGCAGGAUGCCACGGAUGCCUUUGUGGCAUUCCACAACGACAAGUCCCUGGUGAAAAAGUACCUGAAAUCUCUGCUGAUUGGGGAGCUGGCACCUGAUCAACCCAGCUUUGAGUCUAAUAAAAAGAAAUCCCUACUGGAGGAUUUUCGUGAGCUGCGCUGCACCAUUGAGAAGAUGGGACUUCUGAGGCCAAAUUACUACUUCUUCUUCCUGAUUUUCCUUCAUCUCCUGGUGCUGGAUGCUGCAUCCUGGCUCGUGGUCUGGUACUUUGGCAUAUCCCUGGUGCCUUUCCUAGCUGGCAUGGUGUUCUUCACCACCGCCCAGAUCCAGAUGGGCUGGUUCCAGCAUGAUCUGGGGCACUGCUCUGUCUUCAGGAAGCCCAGGUGGAAUCAUCUCCUGCAGAUCGUGGUGAUAAACAUGCUGAAGGGAUUGCCUGCCAGCUGGUGGAACCACCUGCACAACCAGCACCACGCCAAGCCCAACUGCUUCCACAAGGACCCCGACCUCAACAUGCACCCUCUGCUCUUCAGCCUGGGAAAGACCCUCUCCAAGGAGCUUGGAAAGCAGAAGAAGAAGUUCAUGCCUUACAAUUACCAGCACAAGUAUUUCAUCUUGCUGGCCCCACUCGCCCUUGUACCCUUCUUCCAGCUGUCAACAAUCUACUUUGCAAUCAAGAGGAAAAAGUGGUUGGACCUGAUAUUGGUAGUGACUUUCAACAUCCGAGUCUGCCUCAUGUAUGUUCCUUUAAUGGGAUUUAACAACUUCAUGGUGUACUACUGGCUGUCCAGGUACCUUGAGAGUAGCUGGUUUAUUUGGGUGUCCCAGAUGAACCACAUCCCAAUGGACAUUGAUUAUGACAAGAACAAAGACUGGGUGUCUACUCAGCUCCACGCAACCUGCAACGUGAAGCAGUCUCUGUUCAAUGACUGGUUCACUGGGCACCUGAACUUCCAAAUCGAGCACCACCUGUUCCCCACAAUGCCUCGGCACAACUACUGGAAAGUGGCUCCCCUGGUGAAAAGCCUCUGUGACAAGCACGGCAUCGAGUACAAAACCAAGACUUUGCUGACAGCCUUUGCAGAUAUUUUGCAUUCCCUGAAGGAUUCUGGGGAGCACUGGCUGGAAGCAUAUCUGCAUGGAUAGAAACUGGCAACUCUCCAAAGGAAUCCCUUCACCACACAACUGCUGCCAAGAGCCAGGACACACCAUCCCUGUGCAUGUCUCAGGCAUGGGAACUCAGGAGCUGGGCAAAGUUAAUUUCAGUAAGAGUGAAAUGGGAAAGUGCCUUCAAGAUACAUUUUUACCUUGUUCCCAACCAUGAACCUCUGUUUUUUUCCUGCCCUCAAUCUCAGAAUUUAGAGAUGGCCUUUUAAACUUGGGGAAAAGUAGCUCUUGAAUCAGCUUGACCAGUUUCACUUUAUUGGAAGUGCCAGCUCCUUGCGUAUGGAAGAGGUUUGAAAGGAAAUUCUUCUCCGAGUCAUAGAAUCCUGGAAUGGUUUGGAUUGGAAGGGACCUUAAAGAUCAUCUUGCUCCACCCCCUGCAAUGGGCAGGGCCACCUUCCACCAGGCUAGGUUGCUCCAAGCUCUGUCCAGCCU